AUGUCUAGCUGCUGUGAAUUAUUAUACUGGAAAAACCCGGUCGAAACCGGCAAAGUUUUUGGUGGAGCGCUUGUUGCGUUGUUGUUCGUCAAGAAAGUGAACUUGAUCACCGUUCUAUUGCGUUUGGCGUACACUGUCAUGCUCGCGACCGGUUCCGUUGAAUUUGCGUCCAAGAUGUUUUUGGGACAGGGGCUCGUAAGCAAAUACGGACCUCAACAAUGCCCUAAUAUUGUGGGCUGUGUCAAGCCCAGCGUUGACGCUGCGUUUGAAAAAUUCCCCAAAUACCAAGCGCAACUGCGUCAAUUGGUAUUUGCCGCAAAGCCUCAGGCCACACUUAGAGCUGCUGCGGUCUUGUACGUUGUUCACAAACUCUACAGCCUAAUGUCUCUCUGGACCAUGCUUUUCGUCGGCACUAUCGGUGUUUUUACGGUUCCUAUGGUUUACAAGACUUAUCAACGUGAAAUCGAUGCCACCGUGGCACAAGGUGUUGAAGCCGGCAAACAACAGGCGCAAGCUUUGCAAAGUACUGUCUCUGAAAAAGCAGGUCCCUACGUGAAGCAACUUGACGAAAAAUUGGGUCCAGUCUCAAAGUUCAUGAAGUCCAAAGCUAACGCUGCUGGUAUUGCUCCUCAGUCCACUACUUCCAAAUUGGCCGCAGAUGUUCCACUUGAAAAGACGACCUCAUCGCCUUUGGAAGAACACACUUCUGCCAAGACUUCUUCUGCCGAUUUCCCAACGGCCCCUUCUACCAAAUUGGGUCAUGAGGUCGUCGAAGACGCUACCCUCACGGGUUCUCACAUUCCCCACAAAGAAACCAACCCAUUCACGGAAUGA